AUGAAUUUUUUUUUUUUUAUUAAACAUCAAUGGGCAAAUGUUAAAUGUUUUUAUGAUGGAAGUAAAUCGUAUCAACAUUUAUUUUCUUCUACACAAAGUAAAUCUCAAUGUUUGCAUAUGUUAAAUAAAUAUCCAUGUAUAGAUCGUUGGUCAAAUAUUCGAUGUAUUCAACUGAAUUUUCAUCCAUCACUUUAUUUAUUUCUCGAACAACUCGAUGGAUUAUGUCCUAAUGUCUCUUCUAUCAUGAUUCGUACAGAAAACUACAUCGAUCAAUCAAUAAUUAUAAAGUCUUUAACAAUACCAUUUGAAAUAGGACAAAGCAAUUUAAAUGAUAUUCGAUUGGAAAAUGUUACAAAACUUCAAUUUGGAGGUUGUUGUUCUCGUUCGGUUGGGCUUGACUAUAAAUUAACAUAUCAAGACAAAUUAACUGCAAAAGUAUUUGCUCAUCUCAUUUCAAUGCCUGUUCAACUUAAAUAUCUUCUGGUUGAAAAAUUUCAAUGGCUUCUUCAUGUUAUAAAAUAUGUAUGUAUUGAUUUUUAA